CAGCGGUUAAAAUUGAUGUUGACAAUUGUCCGGCCGAUUUAGGGCUCCUUCUUUACCACUUUCACGAAGUUUUAGAAGGUCGCGGCCAAGAUUUUUCCCAACAAUUAUCGAGAAAAUCAGAUGAAAAUAUUUCCAAAAUGAGCAAGGAAAUUUUUGAAAAAGUUGUGACAAAAAUUUCUAAUUAUGAUUUGUUUCCCGAAAAAGCAGAAGAAGGAGAAAACAUAAAUCAACUUGCCUUAAAAUUACUGAAAAAAAUAAUUCAGGAUUUAGAGGCGUUUGAAAGUGAUAAAACGGCUAAUGGUGGUAAAAAUAGUUAUGCUUGGCGUAAAUUAGGAGCGG